CCCUUUCCGAACACAACAACAACAGCAGCAACAACGAUAAAGCCGACGACGGCAACGACUACGACGAAGACGACGACAACUUCGCCAUGGCAAAGGCAAAGACCCUCGUGAGAAUGGUUUCGUGGAUCGUUCUCGCGCUCGGAAUCGCCACGGCUCCCCGCGGCGUCCGGUCCCUUUCCCCCGGCAGCACCGACCCCCUUCCCUUGGGAAGCACGGGCACCGCGAGCGAGCCCACCGCCGUGUCCCCCGAACCAAUCCCCACCCGGAGGAGGCUCCUCCGGGCCGCCGCAAUGGCCGCCGCGGCCGGCCUUUCUGGCACCCGCAGCGCGGACGCGGCCUGCCUCACGGGGGACACCCGGCCGGUCUGCAUCGGCAUCUACAAGGUCCCCCAGGACGCCGCCUUUUCCAACUACAUCAGCACGCCGGAGCAGCUCAAGGAGUUCGCCCCGGACCUGACCUACGUCCCCCCCACCCCGGCCCCUUCCUCCUACAAGCAGGCCCUGGAAAUCCUCGAGGGACAGAGGGUCGUGGCCGAGGGCAUCCGGCGGAACGUCGCCGCCGGCAGGCUGGAGGACGCCGGGGUGGGCGUCCUGGGCCUCAUCCCCCAGGUCACCGCCAGCGGCCGGUUCGUGGUGGACGAGCUGUCGGCCCGGGUCUACCGCAAGCAGCAGGCCGCAAAGAAGCUCGCGGCAGCCCCUCCCCCCCCGGCCGACGGCGAGGAACCCGAGGCCGUCCGGGAGUACGACGAAAACGGGUACAAGCUCCCCACCACCGCCGACGAGCUCGCCGUCGACAUGGCCUCGAACCAGAUGGACUACGUCGCCGGGUACUUUGGCGAGUGCGACAUCUGCAUCGGUCAGGGGAUCCGGGGCGAGCUCGGCGUGUCGGCCGUCGCGCAGCUCACCAUCCUGGCCUCCCUCAAGGACGCGACGAUCGCCCUGGACGACUUUGUGGCGACGGCCGCCUCGCUCGGUGCCCGGAUGUAGCGGCGGAGCGAAGCCCGAGAGCGAGUCCCGCUCCGAGCGAAACGAGACCGGGAGCCUCGGAGGCCAACGAGCCGUCCCAAAACGAAGCCGUGUUGGGAACGAAUGAAUGGUGGUGAACCACGUGGUUUUGGUCACCCGUUUUUCGUUUUGGCACGAGGCCCAAAAAAUUCGAACACAUCGAAACUCAGGGCAUGAGUAGCUUAGUGAAUGUACUUAUUGAACAUUAGUAGAUACUCAAAAUAGCCAACCGCCUCAAGGUUGAGGAUAUUGUUUGUAAUUUGCGUGCCCUAUUCGAAAUGCAAAUCACCAGGAAUCAACAUUUCAAACACAA